AUGGUUUCGCGUUUUGUACGUGCCAUCAACUUAAUUUAGCCAUAUUUCUGUAUGUAAAAGCCAUCAACCAAGUUCCAAAAGUGCCACCCAGUAACGUACAUAUCAGUGGAAGAUACCCCCGAAAGUGCGAUACAGAUGUGCUACAACUCGCGGCGACCUCGUCCGCGCAUUCGUUCGUGAUGAGAAAGUUUCAUCGUUUCCUCACUUCCGUAGUUGCUUUCGGUAUUUUGUAUGGUGUCUAUCGCUACUCAUUCCGUACGGACAGUGAAGGGAACUACCUGUUUCUGCUGCCCCGGGAACCGGACCAGUCUUCGCUACAAUCGCUUGACCAAGCAAGCAGCGAGGAGCGUGCGGUUGAUCCGACAAGGUUGGCAAAUCUGACGGGAUUUGAGUAUCGAAUUGCGAAUGAUAUUUGCAAAGAAAAUAAUAGCUAUUCAGAAUUGCUAGGUGUGAUUCUGGUUACAUCAUACGUUGGGCACGAUGAAAUACGUUCCGCCCAUCGGCAGGCCAUAUCGCAACAGAAGCUGCUAUCGAUGGGCUUGUUACGAAUCUUUUCUUUGGCCACCAUACCUCCCGUCGAUCGUUUUAUUACGCAGGCAGCCCUUGAAGCCGAACAGCGCUUGCACGGAGACCUUAUCCAGGGCAACUUUGUUGAAGCGUACCGCAAUCUCACCUACAAGCACCUCAUGAGUUUGCAGUGGGCGACACAACACUGUCGUGGGGCAAAGUACCUCAUCAAGAUGGACGAUGAUAUCGUAUUCGAUCCGUUCUACAUUCAGAACUAUCUGUCCGACUUGAAUCAGCACGAAGACCGGUACCUUUUGGCGGGCUACACUUUCCGGAACAAGAAGGUGAUCCGCUUGCGAGCGAACAAGUGGUACGUAUCGAGGGAAGAGCAUCGGCCCGAUGUUUACCCACCGUACCUUUCCGGGUGGCUUUACAUCACCAACCAACGGACCGCUCGUGCCUUAGCGGCCGAGUCACAGGUGGUACCGUUUUUCUGGAUCGACGAUACGUUCAUUACCGGCGUGCUGGCCGAACGACUUAAGCUACCUCUGACCGCCCUCAACCGAUGGUACAGUGCCAACUCAGAGUUCCUGGACUGCUGCAUACGGGACAUGAAGCGCUACGCAUAUCAGUGCGAUUACUACGUCGGUCCGAACGGUGGCAACGGGAAACUCAUCAUGGAGUUCGUGCAGGAGCUGGAACGAUGCUACGAUAAUGCGUGCUACCAGCGCCCGGCCGGUAAAUCGCUCACUGCCACGUGCGUUGCGGAGUUCAAGAAUCAGCAAAACAUUCCAAACCACGGCACGGCUAUGGUUAAUCAGAUGAGACUUUAGAAUGAAUCCUAGCGACUUAACGUAGAAUAUGAAUCUCUAGUUACCAUUGAGGCGACAAACAAAAAACUACAAUUUAAUGUGCCAACUCAUAUGUCGAAACAUACUUUUUAUUCCACUGCACGUCGUCCAUCACACCGUCCGUCCUUACCUUGUGCACGAAAACAAAGGAAUAUGUAACUGCCAUCAUCUUUACCCUUUUUAAAUAUCUUAGGAAUUAUACGAUAGUGCAAAUGUUCGAUGUAGUUAGUAACAAGCAGUAUUGAAGAAGGCAAAAUUUCCAUUCCCCACUCAAAAACAAACACUGAACAAAACCGAUCUGUGAUACCCGUAGGUGAAAGCGUAACGGAACUGAACACGUUAAACACGAUCCCGUAUAUAGUAAUGUUUUAAUGCACAAAGAAACCGCAGAUUUGUUUUUCGAAUUUAUCACACAAAUUUUAUUUUAUUUGGAUCAAUAAAAUGCAUGCACGAAGGAA